AUGAGUUCCCGUCGUACACCCUGGGCGACCUUGAAUCACGAACUCGGCGAAACGGUGGACAUCGUCCGGGAGACGGUCCGACAAUUCACUGCCGCUGAGAUUGCUCCCCGCGCGGACGAAAUCGACCAGAGCAAUGAGUUCCCCCGAGACCUGUGGCCGCGACUCGGAGAAUUGGGUUUGAUGGGAAUUACGGUCUCGGAGGAGUACGGCGGCGCAGGACUCGGUUACCUGGCUCACACGGUGGUGAUGGAGGAGGUUUCCCGCGGUUCUGCCAGCGUUGGACUGAGCUACGGGGCCCAUUCCAACCUAUGCGUGAACCAGAUAUUCCACAACGGCAAUGAAGAACAGAAGCGCCGCUACCUCCCGCCGCUGGUCAGUGGAGAGCACGUCGGCGCCUUGGCCAUGAGCGAGCCCGACGCCGGAUCCGACGUAGUGAGCAUGCAACUGCGGGCCGAAAAACGAAGCGACCACUACGUCCUCAACGGCAGCAAAAUGUGGAUCACCAACGGCCCCGAAGCCGACACCCUGGUGGUCUACGCAAAGACCGAUCCGAACGCGGGCUCACGGGGCAUCACCGCCUUUCUGGUGGAGCGCGGUUUCCCCGGAUUCGAACCUUCGCCCAAACUGGACAAGCUGGGUAUGCGCGGGUCCAGCACCAGCGAACUAGUAUUCGAAGACUGCGAGGUCCCCGAGGAGAACGUGCUGGGCGAAGAGGGCCGCGGCGUGGCUGUGCUGAUGAGCGGCCUUGAUUUCGAACGCUUGGUUCUGACCGGUGGACCGCUUGGAAUUAUGCAGUCCUGUCUGGACUCCGUUGUGCCCUACGUUCACCAACGCGAGCAGUUCGGGCAGCCCAUCGGGGAAUUCCAGCUCAUCCAGGGCAAACUGGCGGACAUGUACACCGCGCUGUCGGCCUGCCAAUCCUAUACUUACGCCGUGGCCCGUGCUGCCGAUCGGAGCAUGAUUUCCCGCAAGGACGCCGCGGGCUGCCUACUGUUUUCCGCUGAACGGGCUACGCAGAUGGCCCUCCAGGCCAUCCAGGUCCUUGGCGGCAACGGAUACAUCAACGAAUUCCCCGUAGGACGUUUGCUCCGCGACGCCAAGCUAUACGAGAUCGGCGCGGGCACCAGCGAGAUCCGCCGAGUGCUGAUAGGCCGCGAGCUUUUUCGCGAGACUGCCUAG